AUGUCCUUCGCCUUGCCCGCUCGUCAAGUGACUUUUGGUAGAACACAUGUCCCCCCGCAGCAGCAGCAAUACCAACAACCACAGUAUCAACAACCACAACAAUUACAGCAGCCAGGGGUCCAGUCUAGCCAUGGAUUAGCCUUGCCAGGGUCGAAUACAUAUCUUCCUGGCCCAUCUAAUCUCGCUCUGCCGGGACCAGGGCCAUCCCCGCUAUCGCAGUCACAUUCACCAUCGCAAUCCCCGACGGCCACGCAGUCGCAGACUCUGAUCAAUGGCUCUCAACCCAACGCCGUCGCUGGCCCGUCGACUCCAGUCGCUACUCCUGUUGCAGCUACACCAGUGCCGCUUACUCUUGAGCAGCAACAUAUCACAGCAGUUGAGGGUAUUGUUCCGACAUUGCAGAACAUUGUCGCUACGGUCAACCUCGAUUGUCGGCUUGACCUGAAGACUAUUGCGUUACACGCUCGUAAUGCGGAAUAUAAUCCCAAGCGUUUCGCGGCCGUCAUCAUGCGUAUCCGUGAUCCCAAGACGACUGCACUCAUCUUUGCUUCGGGCAAGAUGGUAGUCACCGGUGCAAAAUCGGAAGACGACUCGCGGCUGGCAUCGCGAAAAUAUGCACGUAUAGUGCAGAAGCUCGGUUUCGACGCGAAGUUCUCCGAGUUCAAGAUUCAGAAUAUCGUUGGUAGCUGUGAUGUCAAAUUCCCCAUACGAUUGGAGGGAUUGGCGUACAGUCACGGGCAGUUCAGUAGUUACGAACCAGAGCUGUUUCCAGGUCUUAUUUAUCGCAUGAUUAAGCCCAAAGUGGUGCUACUUAUUUUCGUGUCGGGGAAGAUUGUGCUUACCGGUGCAAAGGUCAGGGAAGAGAUCUACACUGCGUUCAAUACCAUCUACACGGUGUUGUGCGAGUUCAGGAAGCCCUGA